GCUGCGGUCCGGGGGGGCUGGCUUCUUGGAGGCUGGGCCCCGCACAUGGGCGCUGCUGGGCCGCGACAACCGGUCACCACCAUUACACCGGCCCGGGCCGGCGUGAGAGGUGGAGGGCAGGCGGCGCUGCCCUGUGAAGGGUCAGCAGGGCGGCUUCAGCCGCUGCAUCCGCGGGUGAACCCACUGCAGAGUCCGCGCUCGGGAACGGCCUGAUCGCCUGUCUUUCUGCCCCUAAUCAUCCAGGAGAGUUGUCAUUUCUGAAGGAGAGAUACUGGAUUUCCAUGUGCCUUAGAGGAGGGAGAGGGGAGGCAGAUCAGGACACAAGGACAUUCCACUUCAUCGUCAUUCUAACCACCACUGGAAGCAAAGUGAACUAAGGAGAAAACAGAGUCGGUGGCUCCUCUACAUAUUUGAGACAUGCAACCACCUUUCUCUACCUGACUGCUGACAUUCAUUACCCAUGAACAGAGGACCAGCAAUGGAGCAAAGCUGGAGUGACACAGGCAAUAAAUACAGUUCUAUUCCGUCUAGCUUCAUGAGAACUGAGAACUGGUGAAGGACAUCUUGUUUGGGCAGGAGAAACUUGACAUGGGGAAAACCAGCAUGAGGCUUCUCUGUACUUUGCUUUGUCUGACCAUGAUUUGCUGGCUAGCUGAAGGUACCCUGUCAAAAACAGAUGCAAAGAAGGGUGCUACAAAAAAACUGGAGGAGAAGACAUUGCAUUCUGAUAAAACCGUGCAGGACAGGGGACUGGUAGUUGUGGAUCCAAAAGCAAAGGAUGUUAUACUGGAACACAGAAGUUACUGCUCCAAGAAGACAAAGGAAAGACAUUUCUCAGGAGAUGUUCUGGGAUAUGUUACUCCUUGGAACAACCAUGGCUAUGACAUUGCUAAAAUAUUUGGACCCAAAUUUACACUGAUCUCGCCGGUCUGGUUACAAGUGAGAAGAAGAGGGAAGGAAAGGUUCCAGUUCAGUGGCCUCCAUGACGCUGAUAAAGGCUGGAUGAAAGAUGUCAGAAAAUCCUCCAGAAGCAUCAAAAUAGUGCCUCGAAUGCUGUUUGAUGGGUGGACUUACCAGGACUUUGAGAGUGUUUUUAACAGUGAAGAUGAGAUAGAGGAGCUUUCCAAGAACAUGGUGCUGCUAGCCAAGAAUGAAAACUUUGAUGGCUUUGUAGUUGAAGUUUGGAGUCAGCUGGGAAACCAAAAGCACACGGAGUUGAUUCACUUGCUCACUCACCUCUCUGAAGCUCUGCAUGAAGCACAGCUUAAACUCAUCCUGGUCAUCCCUCCUGCCAUUGCAGCAAGGACUAACCGGCCAGGAAUGUUCACUAAGAAGGAUUUUGAUCAGUUGGCCUCAGCAAUAGACAGCUUCAGUCUCAUGACUUACGACUAUUCAACACCACAAGGACCUGGUCCAAAUUCCCCUCUUCCCUGGGUACGAGCCUGUGUUCAGGUACUGGAUCCUGAUUCAAAAUGGAGGAGUAAAAUCCUUCUAGGGCUGAAUUUCUAUGGCAUGGACUUUUCUGCCUUGGAAGCCUCUGGAGAGCCUAUCCUUGGGAACAGGUACAUUGAAACCUUGAAGGAGCACAAGCCAAAAAUCAUCUGGGAUGACCAAAUCGCCGAGCACUACUUUGAGUACAAAAGAAGUAAGGGAGGGAAGCAUGCUGUCUUCUACCCAACACUGAAGUCUAUCCAGUUGCGCUUAGAACUUGCAAAAGAAUUGGGCACUGGAAUAUCCAUCUGGGAACUGGGACAAGGCCUGGACUAUUUUUAUGACCUGCUUUGAAAUAAGAAAUUAUCUGGGAAAGACUGUGCUCCAGUGGGACUCUUCCUUCAGUGAAAGUGGGUAUCCUGCAGGUGGGAUUAUAAAACAGAGGGUUUUUUUCUAUGGUGUUUGUCUGAACCUUGCCUUUUGCCAAAUAAAGAACCUUCCUGAUUUGCCACAUGCACACAA